CUCCCUGACUCCGCUCCAGCCCCACGCCACCAUGUGCCAGUCCAGCUGCUCCACGGGCUGCCAGCCGGCCUGCUGCGUGCCCAGCUCCUGCCAGCCGGCCUGCUAUACGUCCUGCUGUGUGCCCAUGAGCUGCAAGCCAGCCGUGUGUGUGCCCAUGAGCUGCAAGCCAGCCGUGUGUGUGCCCAUGAGCUGCAAGCCAGCCGUGUGCCUGCCUGUGAGCUGCAAGCCCAUUGUGUAUGUGGCUCCCUCCUGCCAGUCCUCUGGGGGCUGCCAGCCCUCCUGCUCCACCCUGCUCUGCAGACCUGUCCCCUGCGGCACCCCUACCUGCUGCUGA